CGCGACCGACUCCUCUCCGGCGAGACUGACGAGGCGCCUGAAUUAUUGAAAAGGCGUUGAACAAGCAGCAGGACAUGUCAAGGAACAGACAGUACGACUUGCUGCUUGGUAUAGUAGGACAACAAACAGGUCUAUUGCUUCCUCCAUCGGAUCAGCCACUCGCAUUGCCGUGGCCGACCGGCUCCACCGGCGUUCUAUUUCUGCCGUCCCAAGACUGGGCUCGGUUAAGCAUAAGGCAACCUUGUCUGGUGCGGCGAGGUCAGCCAGGUUCGCAUCAUCGAGAGGGGAGGGAUCGGCGUGCCGCUGCAGCUCCAGAUCCGGUACAGCGCCUCGGUGCUAACGUCGCUUUUCAAGGAGGUAAGGGCGCAGUCCGUCGGUCCGUGUCUCGUCAAAGGGACCCUUGCCAAGGUCCGGAAGCCAUACAGGUUCAUUCGCGUGCUCGACAAGUUGUCGUGGACCUGUCAAGGGUGGCCGCCAGCUAGUUACUGCGUAGCUAGGCAGCCAUUUCUUCCAAUUGAGUUUUUGUCACGAUCAUCCAAGGAGGAGCUGACACUCUCAUCAUCAGGUCUGCGCGGCUGCUCUGCUCGUUCCUGUCAGUAAGAGAUCGUCGACCAUGGAAAAGAACGCCAAAGGUCCUUCGGGGCCGCUCGUUCAAGACGUGCCUGUUACCAACAGAAGCGACAAUGCCGCUGCGCCCAAUGGCACUGGCGACAGUGAUUCGGACACCAGCGGCAAGGUCCAUCAGUUCAACGAGCAGACAAACUAUGUGCCCAAGAGGACCAUCAUCACGAUCUUCCUCGCCUGCGCCAGUGUCGACCUGCUGGCGCUCAUGGACCAGACAACCCUCGCGGCCAGCUUGUACAUCAUAGGCAACGCACUUGGGUCUACAGAUCAGGUGUCGUGGAUCGCCAGCGGAUACUUCAUUACUUCCACCGUCGGCCAGCUCCUCUACGGGCGAUUGUCGGACAUUUGGUCGCGAAAAGUCGUCCUUCUGACCGGCCUGGCCAUUUUCUUCUUCGGCUCUCUGGCAUCUUCUCUCUCGCAGUCCGUUCUACAGUUGACGAUAUUUCGUGCCUUCACUGGUAUCGGCGGCGGCGGCUUGAUGACGGUGGCUCAGCUGAUUGUCAGCGAUGUCGUCCCACUGCGUGAGCGCGGAAAGUACCAGGGCAUCCUCGGUGCAGUCGUAGCUAUUGCUAACGGCAUUGGCCCCGUCAUUGGUGGCGCGCUCUCAUCCAAGUCGCACGAUUCAUGGCGCUGGAUCUUCCGUUUGAACCUGCCGCUAACGCUUCUCACGACAUUUUCUGUUGUCUUCUUCAUGCCGCUCAAGAAGGUCCAAGGAGACUGGAAGCUGAAGCUCAAGGCCGUCGACUUCCUUGGCAUCUUCCUUGCCCUAGCAGGCAUGACGGUAGUGAUCCUGGGACUAACAUGGGGAGGACGAGAGCACCCAUGGGACUCGGCCCAUGUUAUUGCUACCUUGGUUGUGGGCACUGUUGUAUCCAUCAGCUUCGUGCUGUGGCAAUGGAAAGGACCUCGAUACCCCCUCGUUCCACUCCACAUCUUCAAAUCCAAGAUUGUCAACGGUGCAUGCUUAACCAUGGCCAUCAACGGGUGGAACUUCGUCAUGCAAGUCUAUUACGUACCGUCUUUCUACCAACUCGUCUACGGUUACUCAGCCACGAAGUCGGGAGCAAUGCUUCUGCCCAUCACCAUAGUCCAAACGCUGAGUAGCACUUUAUCCGGGCUCAUCGUUCACUGGGUAGGCCGCUAUCGCGAAUGUAUUCUCUUUGGCUGGGUUUGCUGGGCCGUGGGCCUGGGGCUCAUGUCGACGCUUGACGAGACCACGGGCGUCGGAAAGCAGAUUGGCUAUGCGCUUCUCAUCGGAGUCGGCGUCGGAAACACCCUGCAGCCGUGCGUGCAAAUCCUUUUCGUCUCUGUUUCAGUGGCUAAUGAUGCCCAGCGCCCUGAUCGCGACUCAAGCCGGAGUGGAAAGGCGUGACAUGGCAGUGGUCACAUCCUUCAGAAAGUAAGUGUGCCUGUGAACGGGUCCAGAUGUCGCUGACAGCCUAGUUUCGUUCGCAAUCUCGGAUCCACGCUUGGUCUGGCUGUCUCGGGAACAAUACUAAACAAUGUUCUAGCCACCGAUCUCGGGUCGUUGGGGCUCGACAAGGCCUCUUCCAAAACACUCCUUAGCAAUCCCCAAACCGUCCUAGAAACAGUCUCGGAGGUCGAGGCCCAACGCAUUCGAAGCAUUCUUAUUCCGGCGUACAGGCAGGGAUUUCGUAUAAUUUUCCUUGUUGGGGCGUCCUUGGCGGCAUUCGCAUUUGUGCUGGCGUUUGUCCUCAUGCCGCAGGUAGAGCUUUCACGACCAGAUGACGCAAAGUUGAAGGAGGAGGGCAGAAAGGCAGACGAGGAGAAACGAAAGAAGAGGACACAGACCUCGGGCGAACAAGGAGGCAGCAGUGCCUGAGCUCUGGCUAGGCCACUGUCACAGCGGCCCGGGAAAUUUGCCGAGGCCACACAAAAGUUUUGCAGUAUCAGGGGUGGGGUGUUGAAAUAGACGUGGCGUAGAGCGAUUGGCGUAGAUUUUGUGCAGACCUGCGAGCAGAUAAAACAGUAGAGAAUAGAGUGGUUGAUCAUGGCCAGUUGAGGUCGGCCG